AUGAUUAGUUUUGAGCUACGCUGCUCGCCGUCCUACAAGCAAGAAGAAAUUUUGGAAAUGGAUUCAGGCAAAACUGUGCACAGAAGAAAACCGGACAUUCCUGCAAUCAGACAUAUGCAAGAGGUUGGUGUUAAAAGUCUUGAACUCAGUAAGGUGAUUCGUCUUCUUGAAGAUCCUUUGACAGCUAACUUGAAGGAGAGGCACCUUUUUGUACUGAAGAAACUACUGAAGAGAAGCCAAAUUGGCUUUCUAUUGAAGGAGCUGACAGGCAUCGCCAAAAUACUAAACAUCUGUGCUGAGAAAGUGACCGAUCAUCCUGAAUAUGUGCCCAUUCUGUGUGAGGCACUUCAAAUUUGUAGGCUUCCCUUCCUGAAGGAGAAAGUAUCUGAUGAACUGAACUACGCUCUGGACGUGAAAGAGUUCCUCUCUCACAUGGGCUGUCUGAUGAGGGUGUCCCAUGCUGAAGUGAGACAGCAGAUAGUUGAGUCUGUGAAAUCAUUCUACAGCUGUGUGGCUCCUAGACAGCUGCUUGACGGUACGGACCGUCUAACCAAGCCAACGCCUCGGACUUUCCCCUCUGGCAACCGAUUUUCUAGACUUUCACUGAGGCUUCAGCCAACAUCACCAGGCUACAGGCUGCAGCUGCUGGAGCACAGUGACCUGGCUCAGACGUUGAUCCUCUCUCUGGCCGCUCUGGAGAACCAGCCUGCCGUCAAGCUGCAGCUCCUGCAGACACUUCAGAUCCUCUCUAGCUCCUCUGAUAUAAACUGCGCGUUGAUACUGAAAGCAGGAGGAGCAGAGACGAUCUGUCUCCACAUGAACGAACCCGACCCGUCCGGCCAGGUCCUGUUCCGCUCCUCUGAGAUCCUCUGGAACCUGCUGGAGAGAGGCAGCAAGGAGGUCGCUGCUCAGCUCAGCAGUAUGGAGUGUGUCAUAUCCCUGAAAGAAGCAUUUCUUCACCAGCUGAUCAACGGUUCCCGACACUCUGACCUCCAACUCAGAAACGAUCUGCUUGUGAUCACAACUCUCAUCGCAGGAAAUCCUAAUUCUCUGCUCAUUGAGAGCUUAUUUGCCAAACAGCUUGUGGUUUUGGCCACAUUUCCAGAGCUGAAAAGUUACAACCCUUUGGUCCGCAACCUCAAGCUCACCUACAGUAACGAAGACUUGAAAAUGAAGAAGUUGCUUUUUAAUCUGUUGGUUUUGAUGUCAAAGGACUUUGCUGCUCUGCAGCUUUAUAAAGAGGAAACAGUUAUGGUGGCCCUGCUGACACUCGUGAAGCCGCCCGCUGCCUCAUCUGAGCGCCAGUCAGCAUCACGUCAGUGGUCCUCGGUCCAGCGGGAGGAGCUCCAGCUUCAGGCGCUGGCCACCCUCUGCACCGUCGCUCCGCUCAUGUUGGACGACUACAUGUCCUGUCAAGGGAACGCUUGUCUGCUGCUCCUGCUGGACUGGUGCGUCGCUCAAGAUGCUUUCUUUGGUCAGGGUCACAGCUCGCAUGGCGAAGGAGGAAGAGGCAGCACGAAGGCUCAGAUGCGCCAUUGUAUCAGGGUGCUGAGAUCUAUGACGUCUUUAGGAGAAGACUCAGUCAACCAGGACUUUUGUGAUCAAGGAACCAUCAACCAUUUCUUGGGGAUUUUGAUGCAGAUGGAAGCGGGUCCUGAUGAGGAGGAUGUAACCACUCUGGAGAUAAAGUCAGAUAUUCAACUGAUACUUUCAGCGCUGUGUGAGAACGACAUGCACAGAAAGGAGCUGUUUGGAUCAGAAGGAGUUGAGAUGGCAAUUCACUUCUUGAAGAAAGGCUGCGCCAAGUUCUACAGCGGUCUGGGACACAACAAGCUCAUCCUCUCCACAGUGGACUGCGUGUGGUCCUGUAUUGUGGGCUGCUACACCACAGAAGAUUACUUUUUGGCUAAAGAGGGGGCGUGCCUUCUGUUGGACUUACUCAGUUCGAGCCCCAGAUGCGUACACUGCAACGUUCUCGCCACCCUGCUGGAGCUUUGUGACAACCCGAACACUCUGUCUCACAUCCUGAGCUGGAGGGAUGCUGGCGGUCAGACCGCUCCCAGAUUCCUGCUGCAGCUGUGGAUGGACGAGGAGGAGGAGCUGAAAGUCAGCCGAAACAGACACGGAGGGAUCGUAGACCCCCAGGUACCCAUCCUCAGUCAUUACCAGCAGGAGGAGACCCAGCUUUCAUUUCCUGCUAACACGCCGAGUGCAGCGGUGCUGGAGGUGUCAGAGAACCUGCGGUUAAAGAUUUACUCCAUCUUCUGCAAACUUGGUUUUCAAGACCUUCCUGGAUUGUCGAGAAAACAUUAUGUGACCUUGAGCAUCGUCAGGAGAUACCUUGACUUCAAGGUCGGUGAGGUGUGGGACGAGAUCCGCAGGGAGCUGAAUCUGGACGGUGUGAGGCCGAUCACCCCCGACGAGGAGGCCCUGAGUACCAUCUGUCAGAUUGCAGAGGACACGGCGAGGAGGGUCGCGGCAGAACAGAACAGCAUCCUGGAGCAACAGGAGAAGGAAGACAUCGGCGAGGAGGAGCUCAUGUACACGGAGAUUAAGUCUCAUUGGAAGCAGCGGGAGUUAAUAGCCAAGUCAUGGGACCGUUACGUUGCCAAGACUUCAAACUAUGAGAUCCUGAAGGAAGUAAAAGCACAGAGGGAGAAUUACAUUGAAUCAUCCAGAACCAAAGCAAAGCACCAGGACGUUGCAGCUCAUCCUACAGAGCAUUUUAUCGGGAGGGUGAUGUCUGUAGAGAGGACAGGCGCUCAGGGGCCCGCAGGAGUGAAGCUGACGCUGGCCAGAGCUCCCAUCAAGGCUGCAGGUCAGGACGAAGUGGGAGCCACGAGUCAGGACCCGGAAUACUUCAGCACUGUAUCUGUUAAAGACUGAUGUUUCAUACAAAACCUUUACAUUGUUAUCGCACCUUUAUUUUAUCUUGUAGACUUGAAUGCACAGCCAACAAACCAAACUUUGCAGCACAUUCACACAUUUAUUACAAAUAGAUUUGUAUUUCUAAUGGCUUCUAAUUCAUUCCCAGCUUCUGUACAUACUGAAGUGCUUUAUUUGACUCUGGCUGCAAAUGCAGACAUAACGUCACUUGAUGUGCACAAUCAGCACCUUGUAGUCUAGUCCACCAAUUCAACAGUCACACACAGUAAACUGACUGGCCUCUGUGGCACUACAACUGUUAAAUUGAAUGUGUAAUAAUAAAACAACAUGCAUGUUUUUUCAGAUAACAUGAAAUGUAAUUUGAUUUGAAAUUCAGAUCAUUAAACACAGAAUUAAAACAUUUCUAUGCAUUCCUUCUUCAACAUGCUUUUUUUAUAUAACCAAUGGGGCACCAUGAACAGUGACACCCUUAAACAAUCAAUGUGGCAUCAUGGAUACUGAGGACUUAUGUAACACCAAAAUAUCAAACCCUGAAUUACAUUUUAGAUUUAAAAAAUCUAAUUAUCUCCAGUAAAGGUUGAUCCUCGUGUGUCAAAGGCUUCAAGGGCAUCCAGAAGGUCCAUUUAGGACGGUUGUUAAAAAGUGUUCUCUUUAUAGUGUUUGGGGUUACAUAAGUCCCUGCAGCGCAUUAACACACAUGUUCCUUCAAGCGUGCAACAUGCUGCACAGAGCCUCUUCUUCUCUCUCUGCUCUCACCCGUUUUACCGACUGGAUGACCAAAUGGUCUCUGACAGGCCGCGGCUCUUGGUGCAGCUUUGUGAGCGUGUGUGUGUGUUGAGCCUCAUCAGACUGGGACGUUCACACUGCACAAAGGAGCUGGGACACACGGAAGCCCUCUUCAGUACGCCACGCUGCCGCUGUUUGUUCAGGCUGCUGAGGGGCUUCACAUGCUGUCUGUCUGUCUGCUAACGCUGAGCUGCUGAAGCCGUCGAUGAAGGUGAGGGUGAGCUUCUUCGGGUGCUCGUCAACUCCCAGAGCACCCGAUAACUUCAAACUGUGAGGCAGACUUUUG